CAGUUGACCGCGGGACGCCACGCGUGUCCGACCGCUCGCGACCGUGAGUGCAGUGUACGACUAUCUGUGACAUCAAAUCAUGUUAUAGUGUUUGUGAGUGCAUAAAACAAAAUGAAGUCCCGGUGUAGACGUGCGUCCGCCGCGACGGUCGGCGCGCUACUGACAAUAAUUGUGUGCGCAGUGCCCGAAGUUAGCUCGGUGGAGGGGACGCAGUCGCAUAGGUAUACGAUAGAGGAGCUCAUGACCAUGCAUGUGGAGCAUAAGGAUUCGGGCGAUACUGGGAUGGAUCCGUGCAAAGCUGGUAACUUCCAAGGCGAUAUCGCCUUACAAGACACAGACUUCAAACCCAUGAAGCCUGCCUCCAAAAUUAACAAGUCUCUACAAGAAGAAGUAGAGAGGCUAAAGAAGGAAGUACUACUAGAAGGGUUACAGGUAGAAGAGGAAGGUUUGCCGGACAUAUUAAGGAAGAGGACGAAGCAACCGGCACCGGCGCCGGAGAAGCCAAAGAAGUACAAUGACGCGAUGCUGAUGACAAAGGUUUUGCCGUCGGGCUUAGAUAAAUCAAUAUUAUUAAAAAACGGUAAACUACCACCCGGAGAAAUGCUAGAUAAUAUAACUAACAAAAUUAAUCAAACCAAAGAAGAAUUAGUUACUAACCAAACAAGCCCCAUCGAGAAUCUGACUGAAUCAGAAAGUUUAGAACAAGACGGUGUUCUAGUCGUUAAUAUUUCAACUGACAAUAUUUUAAAUUUAGAUGAACUAUAUCCAAAUAUGCAUUUAACAAGCACUGCCAACAAAGUCGAUGAGGUGACAAAUAAAAUCCAGAGCAACAGCCGUGAGAUAACAGGAGACUCUAAUAAUAAUAUAAAAGUGAAAUCUCCACCUGAAAAUGUCACAAUGGCUCCUGCUCCAACUAACGGGGUUCUGGUUACAAACGAAAGAGAGGAAGAUAUUGAAAGUGUGAAAAAAGGAGUUAUCAACAAAACCGGUGGUGAUUUAGAUGGGAAAUUUUUAGAAGCCAACGAUCUAUUGAAGCCGACUGAAAGUUUGCAGAGUCUGACAGAAGAGGCGUCGAGCAGACAUCGAAAAAGGCGAAGAAGACACGGUAAUGGGAGACGGCUAAGAAACAUCCACUCAGGUGAAAGAUCCGGGAAAAAUACAGUCAAAUCGGAUGAGCAAGGAGAAAAUCAUUCGGAGCGUAAAAAAAAAUUUCGUCACCGAAAAAAGCACUCAAGCAGAGAAAACAGUGAAGAAAAUAGAAAACUGGUUGUACCAGAACAUGAAUUUGAAGAAAAAUUCGAUGUUAAACCACCUCCGAAGAAUAUUAUAGAAACCGGGAGUGGACAAAAUCAACAGUUUAACAAUUGGUUUUUUCGUGACACCACUGAAGAUUUAGAUGCUAUGGAAAGUUAUCAAAGCAGUAACGGGACCACCGCUCGCCAUCGCUCUAUCCGCGCCGCCACCAACCGCAAGGAACGCAUCUGGGAGAACGGCGUGAUCCCCUACGAGAUAGAUGGAAACUUCAGCGGCGCCCACAAGUCCCUGUUCAAGCAGGCCAUGAGGCAUUGGGAGAACUUCACGUGUGUGAAGUUCGUCGAGCGAGACGUGCUGCUGCAUAAGGAUUAUAUUGUGUUCACUGAAAGACCUUGCGGAUGCUGCUCUUUCGUCGGCAAGCGCGGCGGAGGUGCCCAGGCCAUCUCCAUCGGCAAGAACUGCGACAAGUUCGGUAUCGUCGUGCACGAGCUCGGGCACGUCGUGGGCUUUUGGCACGAACACACGCGCCCCGACCGCGACCGGCACGUGCAGAUCAUCAGGGACAACAUCAUGAUGGGGCAAGAAUACAACUUCAACAAGCUAACAGAAGAGGAAGUGAACUCCCUCGGUCAGACGUACGACUACGAUUCCAUAAUGCACUACGCGAGGAACACCUUCAGCAAAGGCACAUACUUGGACACAAUUUUACCGCUUGAGGUCCAUGGGAAGAAGAGACCGGAGAUUGGGCAGCGAGUCAGAUUGUCCAUGUCUGAUAUAGCGCAGACGAAUUUGCUGUAUAAGUGUGCUAAAUGUGGUCGCACGCUCCUUGGCAACUCUGGAUGGUUCAGCUCACCCGGUUGGGGCUCAGAAAAUGCACCGGCAACCCCUGAGCGCUGCGAGUGGCGCAUAGUGGCUACACAUGGCGAGCGAGUGGUACUUAAUAUCACUGAAAUCGACAUCCACAAAUCCGAAGAAUGCCGCUCCGAAUGGGUAGAGAUCCGUGAUGGCUACAUGCCGAACGCGCCAGUCUUGGGGCGUAUAUGUGGCUCCGGGAAGGGUCCCAUGAUGAGGUCUACGGGGUCCAGGCUGACUGUGGUCUACCAGCCGGGGCUUAGGCCUAAGCCGUUUAAAGGAUUUAAGGCGCAUUACGAAGCGGUGUGUGGCGGAGACAUCGAAGUGGACAGCAGCGGGCAUCUUGAAUCACCGAACUACCCGGACGAUUAUCAGCCCAACAAACUGUGCAUCUGGAAACUGUCUGUACCUGAAGAUUACCAAGUGGCCCUCCGUUUCCACUCGUUCGAAGUGGAAAACCACGACACCUGUUCUUACGACAAGGUGAAAGUGCGCGAUGGACACUCCAUGGACAGCCCGCUUAUUGGAGUAUUCUGUGGGCACAAGAUUCCUCCUGACAUCAGAUCCACGUCCAACAAACUCCUAGUAAUCUUCGAGUCAGACAGCUCAGUCCAAAAAGCCGGGUUCUCAGCCACCUUCAUGAAGGAGUUUGACGAGUGUUCCAUCAUCGACCACGGCUGCAGCCACUCGUGUGUUAACACGCUGGGCGGGUACGAGUGCGCUUGCGAUAUUGGCUACGAACUACAUUCUGAUGGAAAGAAGUGCGAAAACGCCUGCGGUGGAGUCUUGGACGCUCCCAACGGCACCAUCACAUCCCCGUCUUUCCCCGACCUGUACCCGCCAUCCAAGAAUUGCUUGUGGGAGAUCGUGGCUCCACUGCAGCAUAGGAUCACUCUUAACUUUACGCAUUUUGAUCUAGAGGGGAACAAUAUGUAUCAACAGGAAUGUGAAUACGACAGCGUGACGGUGCACUCUCGCCUGAGUGCUGAGAAGUUACGGCGUCAUGGUGCCUUCUGCGGCUCUCAACUCCCGCCUCCUGUUACCUCUGAUGGAAACGUGCUAAGAGUUCAGUUCACCUCCGACGCGUCAGUCCACCGCUUCGGCUUCGCAGCAGCCUACUACAUCGACGUCGACGAAUGCGCUGAAAACAAUGGCGGCUGCCAGCACGAGUGCCACAACACAUUGGGAGGCUACGAGUGUGCUUGCCGAAGUGGAUUCACGCUGCAUCCUAAUAAACAGGACUGUAAAGAGGGCGGGUGUAAGCAUGAUGUUACGCAACCACAUGGGACUAUUGUCAGUCCGAACUAUCCUGAUCAGUAUCCAUCGAGAAAAGACUGUGUGUGGCAGUUCUCAACAACCCCUGGGCACCGGGUCAAGCUGAUUUUCAACGUCUUCGAGUUGGAGCCACACCAGGAAUGCGCCUACGACCACGUAACCAUCUACGACGGCGCAUCAGCCGACGAGAAGACUCUCGGCCGUUUCUGUGGCGGCAAGCUACCACACCCUGUCGUCGCGUCGCAGAACCAGAUGUACGUUGUAUUCAAAUCCGACGUGUCCGUGCAGAGGAAGGGAUUCUUGGCUACGCAUUCCACUGCAUGUGGCGGCUACCUCUCCGCUACGGAGUCCGUAAAGCACCUGUACUCGCACGCGCGCUACGGGGACGACUCGUACGAAUCCCGUGCCGACUGCGACUGGAACAUAGUGGCGCCGCUCGGACACUUCGUCAAGCUCACCUUUCUGACUUUUGAGCUGGAGCCGGAAUCGCACUGCGGAUAUGAUUAUGUGCAGAUCUUUGGGGGAUAUGAGGGGAGUGCAGGGGACUAUGGGAAGUUCUGUGGGACUGUGAUGCCACAGGAGCUUAUUUCCACAACAGAAGCCCUCCUCGUCCGCUUCCGCACCGACGACUCCAUCGUCUUCAAAGGCUUCUCCGCGUCCUACCAGGCCAUAAAGCCAGAUGUAUGGAGCGGAGAAGAUAGUUCAGAAGGUGAAGAUGAGGAGGAGGAUGAACGGAUGCCGCCGCUGGUGGUGGGCAGAAGGGGAUUACGCGCGCCAUCACCCAGGUUCGUGCGGCGACCCACGUGACGCUGGCCGCUGCCGCGCCACCCGCGCCACCGCCGCCCGCACCGCACCUUCCCCCGCAACACCGACAACCUCUAAACACAUCCCGGCUGACUGGCUAGCCUGGGGGCCUACGGCGAAAACCGAAAUUCGCAAAUUGCGGGGAUCUUUCUCUUUUACAAUAAUAUCCCGCUUUACGCGACCCUGUUAUCCGCGGUUGCGCUUUAACGCGAAUUUCAAAUUUCGCGCUUAAAUGCCUCGCAUUACGCGGAUUGCUUAUGUAUAGUUUGGCAAGCCUUUUCCGUCAGUGGAAAAAGGCGGCAAAUUUAAAAAAUGUAGGCGCGUAGAGUUGACCUCCCAUAGAAAUAUCUGAAUUUCGCGCCUUUUUCUACACACAAAGUGGGUUCGCCAGAGUAUACUUAAGAAUAUGCAGUCAUUUACUUGUCUUUGGUUGCGGAAAUCCCCGCUUUCUCUGACCAUUCUGUUUGAAAAAAUGAACAGUAGGGGAUUCCCCUCCCCGUGAACCCCGAUAUAAGCGAAUUUCACUUAACGCGAUUUUUUGCGGAACGUAUCCCUCGCGUAAAGCGGGUAUUACUCUACUCCAAUAAAGGCAUAAUUAGAGUGACAGAGAAAGAUGCCCGCAAUUUGCGAACUUCGAUAUUCGCGGUCAUAGCCCAGAUAUUAUAUUAUUGCUCGCGCUAAAUGGUGCGCGUGAAAUGCACUGAAAGUUGUAAUAUGGUCGUAAGAGAACAAUAUCAGAACUUUGACAAAAAUAACCUGGAUACCGCUCUGGGCUGCAUUCCCAAAUAGGAUUAAACCCGGCGGGCUGCAUAGAUCCGUUCACAAUAUGUUAAAGACAAACUCAAACUGCCAUCAUGUAUUCAAAUCAGUCGAAAUGUUGCUUUGCAUAAAUAUAUGUCAGAGCAUUGCGGUCGAAAUUCACGUUGAUUCGCGACUGAAGAAAAUGUAAAUAAGUAAUUACAAUUUUAUUCAUAGUUCAAUUGAUAUAAUACUUAAUUUUAUAAUAUGUUGUUACCAAAAAUAUUCAAUGAUAAGCUAACUGGGCUAAAUAACACCAGCUGUUCCAAAAUUAUACUUUUAAUUUUUAUAUAAAAAAUGCAAUCGUAAUAUCAGUGAAACCCAAGAUGUGUUAUGCUGUGUGUGUGAUGUGUAUUAAUGGAUUAUAUUAACUGUUUCAAUAAUUGUAGUCACUAUACCUUCUGUCAGUUGGUUUUAACAUUGUUGACGAAUGCUUAUUGCAUGUAAAUUGCGAUAGUCUUUACCAAAAUUCCUUUAAUAUUUAAGUGCAUUCCAUACCAAAGACACGGAACAAUAAUCGUUCAUAAUAGUGCCAUAGUUGUUAGUUCUUAAAUUACUCUACAUAGGGCAUAAUAUUGUUUGAGAACAAGCACAAUUUAGGAAUAAAAAAUAACAGACAAUAUUUAAUGAUAAGUAUACUUAUAAUGUAAAAUAUAUCGUUAAAUGUUAGAUGUUUGGAACCAUAUCAUUUAAAAUCCUGAAUAAUUUAGUCGACAUGACCUAACGUUCUUUUAGAAGAACAAAUUUAUUCUUGUGUGAUCGGAAUGUCAACUAUUGACUAUUUAGCUUAAAAAUAUAAAUUAUUUUUGUAAUUUACCAAAAAUGUAAGAAUUCAGUAGUAACCAUAAGGUAUAUAUACGACCUUUUUGGUAAAUUAAGUAGGUUUCUAUAACAUUUUUGUUGUAGUCAGUGUGAAAAUAAUAUUUGGUAAACAUGUUACCAAUAUUAGAUUAUAAGUAUAAUUAAACAGUCCUGUUUUUCCCACUUCAUAAUUAUACAAGUUACAAUACUCCUACUUUAAUUCUUGCACUUUCUUCUCAAACAUAUUAUUAUAACUAUCUUAUAAGGGCCAUAUCGAUUUUGGACUGUUUCUUCUGUAUAAUUGUAGUACGUACGGUUAUUUGAAAUAGCUGUACGUACUACAAUUGUUGACACUUUCUUUACCUAAAUAUGUCGAUUAAUUUAGGUACCUAACAAAAAUUCCGUGAAUCUCGGACAUAUACAAUAUAUUGAAACAGGUUACUGGCGUUUUUUAAGGGUCUCGGUAAGCUCGGUUCUCCAUACAAACGAAGUUUUGUAUGGAAAACUUAAAUUUGCUGUAUUUUUUUAACUAUGGUAUCUGAAGCUAGAUAAACUAAUUACAU